AUGGCGAAUAAUGAGAAAAGGAACAUCGGUCGGACCAGAGUCGUGCUGUCACAGGUGGUAGCAUGUCUGGCAUUAGAUUUCUUGCUAAUUGGCCUGGGUAUGUCUAUCAGCUUCGUAACCAUGGUGGUACCGGAGGUACUCUACGCGAAGGAAGGAGUAUCAUUGGAUGAAAAUCAAGCUUCUUGGUUUGGUAGCUUGGCGUUUCUGUGCCAGCCUCUCGGGAGUAUUUUCUCCGGUCCAAUCCUGGACUACUUCGGGAGAAGGAAAGCUUUGGUCCUGGUGAACAUACCUCAUCUCAUAGCGUGGCUGUUGAUGUACUUCGCUUGGGAUGUACCCUCGUUGCUAAUUGCGAACGCUCUGCUUGGAAUUGGCACAGGCAUUAUGGAAGCACCUUCCGUUACUUACGUUGGAGAAGUCAGUGAACCCUCGAUCCGCGGAACUCUGACAACGCUGACCAAUAGUUUCACAUCGACCGGCAUCUUCAUAGCAUUUCUUCUGGGCACAGUGUACCCGUGGCGUGAAGCAGCGCUGGUGUGUUUGAUUGCACCCCUCGCUACUAUGGUGCUCGUUCUAUUCGUACCGGAAACUCCGAUAUGGCUACUUUCAAAGGGUCUACACAAGGAAGCACAAGAAUCUCUUUGCCGUCUCCGAGGUUGGGCUAAGCCGGAAGACGUUAAGGAAGAAUUCGAACAAUUAAUUCAAUACCAUGACAAAUUAUAUAAAUGCGUUACUUGUACGAACGAGGAAGAAGACUUAGGCGUCUGUCAGCACAAGGCGGGUGGAUUCUUUAAGAAGACUGCCUUUAAAAUUAAGAACGUGUUUUUGGUCAAAGAAACGAUACGCCCCUUUAUGUUGGUCGUUUCGUAUUUCUUGUUUCACACGUUGAGUGGACUGGCCCCAAUCAGACCGAACAUGGUUAACGUUUGCAAGGCUUUAGGAAUGAAAUACGACUCAAAGUCAAUUGUUGUGGUAGUUGGCGCUAUGUACAUUUUACUGAGUCUGGUCUCAGCGUCGAUAGUCAAGAUCAUCGGCAAAAGGAAGUUGAUCCUCGGAUCACUGUUAUCAACAGGCUUCGCCAGUUUGGGCAUUAGUAUUUACGCGAAACUUCGGAUACCCGCUGAAGUGUUCUCAUACGAGGUCGAAACUUUCACGGAUCAUAAAGAACUGCUGCCUGUUAUAUUGUUUAUGACGCUGGUAUGCUUCAGCAGCCUUGGUAUUCCGUGGGUGUUGCUAUCCGAAGUUUUUCCAUUUAGGAGUCGUGGUGUAGCAAUUGGAAUGUCAGCGGCCGUUAGUUACGUAAUUGUCUUCAUUGCUACAAAAAGCAAUUAUAAUCUAGAAAAGGCUUUCCACCUUAGCGGCGCUUUCGCAGUUUACGCCACAUUUGCAUUUAUAGGAACAAUUUACCUUUACUUCUUUUUACCGGAAACAGAACUGAAGAGCUUAGAAGAAAUCGAAGCAUUUUACAAGAGCGAUAAAAUCAUAUUUGCUGAUGAUUUUCUCAUCAACGCUUUCAGACAGAAGAGGGAUCUUAAUAACGAAUCCACCAAACCUAUGCUAGUCACUAAAAGUUAA